AUGGCAUUCAUCGAACCACGCCUUAUCCACCUGCUCAACGAUGCGACAACCCCUCAGCUCGGACACAUCGACCUUCCUCCCUUCACCGAAGCUUUCCCCGAAGCCUCUAAUCGGCUGACACCCCUCGGACCAACGGCUGGUCGAAGAGACGAGCUUCUUGGUGCCGCACCGCCGACUGGCAACCAUGGCUCCCUAUCACAGACGGCGGGGGCAUAUGACGAUGUAGGAGCGACGCUGCGCGACCCCAGGAGGGAUGGGGACGCCACUACAGAUAGGGGUGCCAUCGCCAAUGUUCCUCGCAUCCCGCUGAGGUUGCUCCUCGGCGAAACGGAUGAGGCCAGCCACAUGUAUGCUCCAGGCCAGGAAGCCGACGACGGGCCUGAGGGAAAAGACGACCCCGCAUCGAAAAAGAGACACCGAGCCAUGACGAACAAGGACGACCUCAUGCAUCUGCCACAGCCAGUGAAAAAACAAAAGGCAGCGUCGCAGACCCGACUGCCACCCAUGCCGCCCAUCAUCAACGGACUACACGAACCUCCGCCCAACGCCGCCCUGUUUCCUCCCAUCUCUUCCACCGAAUUCGAUACACCUGACCCCGAUGCGGCGCAGCGCCAACCAGCGGCGAGGGAACUGCCACAGGUACACGAAGACAAGCCGAUGGAGGUGGAGCCCUCGAAGUCACAAAAGCCGGGGAACGUAAAGACGAGAAAAAAAGCCAUGAAGCCCCGAAGGAAGUGGUCAGAAUCAGAGACCACACACCUGCUGCUCGGCGUAAAUCGACACGGUGUGGGCAAGUGGACAGAUAUUCUCGCCGAUCCCGAGUUUAACUUUAACAGCCGCACAGCGGGGGAUCUCAAGGAUCGCUUCAGGACGUGCUGUCCGACAGAGCUUCGGAAGAACGGCAAGGAAAAGUCAGCGGCGUCGGUCGAUCCUCUUCCCACGCCGCCUGCGGAGGCCAAGGGAAAGGCGAAGACGGGCCUUCUUUCGGAGAACAUCCUCAUUGACCCUGACGAAGCAUUCGACCCAGAUCAGUGUCAGCAGAAUACCAAUGAUGCCGAGACAGUGGUGAAGCACAAGAAGAGCCGCGCGCAUCGGAAAAAGAUUGAAGAUUUGGCAGAACUCGGGAUCCACGGGCCUUUCAAAAAGUCGCAUCGGCGGGAGCGACGUCCUUUCUCGGAACAAGAUGACCUGCAGAUCCUGGAAGGGCUCGACAAGUACGGACCGUCAUGGACCAAAAUUCAGCGCGACCCGCGCUUCAGCCUGUCAGGCCGCCAGCCCACCGACCUGAGAGACAGAGUGCGAAACAAGUACCCAGAUGUAUACCAAAGGAUCGAAAGGGGUCUUUUGCAUCUCAAGGAGCUCAAGGAGCGAAACGACAGUGUCGACACAUCGACCAACACAGCAAAGGAGAGCAGCAGUUCCCAGCCACGCCAGGCGCACCAGGGAUCCAUUGCCCAACUAGCAUGGAAGGAAGACCUCACUCGCUGGACCGUGUCGCCAAUGGAAAGCGAGGAACUGCCCGUUGUGCCGCAACCAUUCGAGCUGACCGAGGCCUCGACGACAGCAUUUAUGGGAAGUGUUGGCGAAAUGGACAUUUCUCGCCUUCUGCUUGAUGAUUCAGAGAUAUCUGACCUUCCUGGCCGACACAUGGCAUCCGACUCUGAUCUGGUGUCUCUAUGA